AUGGCAUGGAAUGGAAGCAGCCAAGAAAUAUUUGUCUCCUGGGGUCUAGAGACCCAGACAUACACGGUCCUUCCCAUGGAGAACAUGACAACAUUGCCCCAGAAUAGCUCCUUAGCACCAUCAGAGACAUCUGUUGACUCACCUCACCAAGGCUGGGCUACUCUUGACAUUUUCUGCAUAAUCAUCUUUGGAAUAAUAUUCAUCAUGGGUACAGCUGGCAAUAUGCUUGUCAUCUGGGUGGCUGGUUUCCGUAUGCCUCGUACCGUCAACACCGUGUGGUUUGUCAACCUUGCUAUUGCUGACUUUGCUUUUUGCCUCUCCCUACCCCUCAACAUGGCCUUUGUGAUUCUGCAUAGAAACUGGCCAUUUGGUCGGGCUCUCUGCAAACUCCAUGGUGCCAUGAAUAAUCUCAACCUCUUUGCCAGUGUCUUCCUAGUGUCCCUCUUUUCUGUGGACCGCUGUGUAACCAUUCUUUGGCCCCUUUGGGCCAGGAAACACCGAAGGCCACAACUGGCAGCCCUUGGGGCUAUGGGAGCCUGGAUCAUGGCCCUUGCCUUCUGUAGCACCUCACUGAUAAUCAAGGACACAAUUACAUACCAAGGUAUCACCUACUGCUACAACAACUAUGAUAUCUGGAAUGAAACCCAUGGGAACCAUGAGCUGUGGAAGAAGAUUGCCAUCCCUCGGUACCAUGCCCUUAUUAUCAUCCGUUCAGUAUGUGGAUUUGUGGGGCCAAUGGUUGUCAUUGUGGUCUGUUAUGGCCUGAUAAGUGCCAAGCUUUGGCAGAAUCAGCUUGCAUCAUCUGGCCGGCCCUUUCGGGUCCUUAUGGCUGUGGUUGUUGCCUUCUUCCUCUGCUGGCUGCCCUUUCAUGUGCUCCAGUGGGUAGAAUUCAUUUCCUCAUUGAAGAACCAUCAGGUCCUCUAUACCAUUGUCCAACGCCUGGGUGCAGUUGUGACCUCCCUGGCCUUCUUGAACAGCUGCCUCAACCCAGUCCUUUAUGUUUUUAUUGGGCGUGAUUUUCGUGAGCAGUUGCUCCACUCUCUGCCAGUUGCUGUGGAACGAGCCUUGGCUGAGGAGCCACAGAAUGAAGGACAUCCCUGUUGCAGGUUGCAAGAAUGUAAGGUGUCCUUGGAUCCUGCCUCCACCCCAUCCCCAUGUGUAGCUAAGUUUAGAAGGCUUUAA